GAAGAAAACGAAAGUAGUUUUUUCUCAGGACAUCCAACGCUCUGGGAGAAAAAUCUAUAGUUUGAUGUUGAAUCCUUGGGCAGUAAAGCACAGCAUGGGUUGGAAACUCUUCUACUGUGUUUUGACAUUGAUGGUUGGCCUUCUUGAAUGCCCCUCGAUUGGUAAUGGUAUCAUUCUUAAAACUGUGAAUUUGAAGGACAAUGUCACUCUCCCUUGCAAUGCAACCUGUGACAUUGGCAUCGUUUGGAGGAUUGUGGAUGGCCAGGUCGUUGCCAAGAUUGAUCAAGGAAAAUUAAUUGAAGGAAAGCGCUUUGAGAAGAGGGUUAAAAUCAACAAAGACCUCUCUCUCACAAUCAGCUCUGCUGUGUACAAUGACAAGGGCUCAUAUGAGUGUGUCUGUGAUAAUCGGAAUGUUGCAGAUGUAAAGCUAGAUGUUCUGGUCCCGACAGAAAUAUCAGCUCACGUCGGAGAUAAUGUCACACUUCACUGCUAUGGCUCGACCAAUAAGCAGGUGACCAAUGGUGAGAUGUAUGUCCAGUGGGAGAAAGAUGGACAGACUGUGCUGAAGAUUGACCCGACCAAUACUACCUAUGGCCCUGGAUUCAUUGACAGGACAUCAGUGACCAGGGAUGGUUACGGAGAGGGUGACCUCUCUCUCACCUUCACCGGUGUACGCUCGUCUGACCAGGGAACCUACCUGUGCUUCUUCAACCGGGAUAGUGACCCAGGAUAUCCACAUGGAGUCACUCUCACUGUCAAAGAAAAGCAAUUGGAGCCUGCAAUGAUUGAUAGUGAAAGGAGUAGAGUACCAGUGAUAGGAAUCCCUAUUCUACUUCUGUCAAUCAUUUGUGUGCUCGGGUUACUGGCGAUGCACAAGAGAAACAGGAGACAGCCAACAGAGGACUACACAGUCACUAGAACAGAGGACAGCACGAUGAUUAACGUAGCAUCACCACCACAUCUCUCCAUCGAGGAACUUCCUGUUCCAGUUCAGGAUAGCCAACCGUUGCCAGAAGUCCGAAGAAUCCAGAGUUGUUGUGAUGAUCAUCUUGAUGAGACCACGUGCCCUGAGGGGAUGGAUGAACGCACAGAGGAAGAGGAGGAGCUCCAUCUCCCUGUUGCUGAAAGUGGGACACUGCUAGAGCAGAAGAAGAGUAACACAGGGAGUUGAGUUUUGGUUGCCAACGUCUUUGUUGUUGUGAAAUGUUGGAUGAAAUGUUCUAUGUUCACUGAAGUGGAUGUGGAUGUCUUCCUAUCAUAGUUUACUGUAUGUAUCGGUAGCCAAUGACUGUAGCUUGAUUGGCUUGGAUCAAAUGAUACAGGGUUUGUUUUGUCUAUGGCCCAGUCUUUGCUGAUGUCCAGCCUAGUCUUCCAGCCUCACUGGUGGCUUAAAUUGUUUCCCCUGUGGACUCAUUUUUAAGGCCAGCGAUUUUUUAUAUGAAAGGGAAGCUGGUAGGGUAUAAAGGAGGAAUCAUUCAUCUCUUUGGUGGUGGUGCUACUGAUAUUGUAACAGGAAGGUUUACUGGUCAAGAUCAAUGUCACAUCUAAUCUGGCCUUGCUUGAUAUCUCAGGGGAUACCCCCACAAGAGGGCAGAUGUACACCUUAAUUUUUUAUGUAAACUGUGAUUAUUUUUGGGUCAGUGAUCCCUACCCUAAAUCCUAACCUUAAACCACAAGCAAUACCUUAAUCCUUACAUUAACUAUUUUACAUUUCAACUUCUGUGGGGUAGGCACGUCCCAAGGAUCCUCGAUAACAGAUGAAUGUAUUAUUAUAACGUAUUACAUGAUACGUAAUAAAUAUAUACAUUUGCUAAAU